CCAGUAACUCGACGCUCGUCAUAAUAAUAGCAAUAGUACGCACGUAAAAUAAACAAAAGCGGCAGUCUUCUAUUCAAUCUCCGUCUUCGGUAAAAGCGAAUGAAAAUUCUAAAGAAAUUCUGAUUAAACGUUAUUGUCGAGUUAACAAUGGUAUUUCGUUCUCGGUUUGCUCGGAUUAAAUCCGUAAUUAACAAAAUUAUAAAAUCACCCGAAGUUAAAAUGUCUCGAGGGAAAAAUAGUGAAAAAUAUGUACAGUUAAUCACAAAGACGAAUGGAAUGGUGCCACACAAUGUUGAUAAAUUAGGGGUACUGCUUCAAAAAAAGGUAGCACACGAGUUCGGUAAUUUAAAGUUGAUUUUAAAUAUAAACUGAAUUUGAUUAAACGCACAAAUAUGUUGGACAUUUUUUCAGAAUUAUGAGAAAAAUGGUCUUGAAACACAGCCAAGAGUUACAAUUAGCGGCCAUGAUUUACGAAUCAAUAAUUGCUGGCCGAUACACAGAACAAAGUACUGAAAGUGCAACAAACAAAAAUAAAAAUUGCACUACAAAUUACGGUAAUUUGCUGUCAAGAUCGGCCGGGGGAUGUAACAACAAUUUUGCUGAAAAACUAGGCUACAGAAUUGUACGAGAGAAGCAUCAAUAUGCAGAACAAAUGUUCUACAGAAAACUUUCCUGGUUAGGACUCGAUCAGGCAGUUGUUGAAAAAUUGUUAAAGCUCGGAUAUGAUUUCAUAGAUAAAUCAUUCCUCAGCAUGUCACAGAUGGAAAUUGCAAAUCACCUCUGUCAAUUUUAUAAACAAAUGGAGGCAUAUUCGAGCGGAACAGAGGAAGUGGUGCUUUCACCAGCUCUAAUUGUAUUGAGAUCAAUUUCGGCACUGAUGGUAAUGGGAGGAUAUCAGACUAAAGAGUCUGAAGAGGUACUGAAAUGGUUGAAAACAUUCAUUUACCUCCAAUCAGUUGAAACAUUGGUCAUCUUUUUAUUGUUACAACUCAUUUCGAUACUCAAAGUUCGUUACGAAAGUAACGGAAAAUCCAUCAACAAAAAACCAUCCAAAAUGUACAAAAAUGAUAACUCAUUGAUCUCCAAAUGCAUGUAA